UGCAGCUGGCAGUGCGGCGGGCGCGGGCGCCUGAGCAGCGGCCGGCGGGGCCGGCUAUUAAUAACGCGCCCGUUGAGCCCGGGGUCGCGCAGCCAUGGCCAGCCCGGAGCUCCGGCGCGGCGGGGACGGCGCCGCCCAGGCCGCGAGAGAAACAAGAGCAGAGUCCAAUUCUCCUCUUCAAGAAGAGAAUCCUGAAUCCUGGAAUGAGUCCAAGACUGUGAACCCAGAAGUUACACUAUCUUCAGAGGGAACUGUGAACCUAGAAGACAUUCUUUACCUUGAUGACACAGGAGACUUUGAAGAGACACCGCUCUACGUAGAAGAGACAGAGAAGCCAGAGGAGACACUUUAUAUUGAGGAGCCCAGGCAGCCAGAGGAGACACUGUAUGUGGAAGAGCUUGCAAGUCCAGAAGAGUAUGUGGAAGAGAUUGUGAAGCCAGAUGAGAUACAGUUUGUGGAGCAGACUGCAGAGCCAGCAAAGAGUCCCAGCCCAGGGCUGAUUGUUUGUGAUGGAGAGAUGCUGGCAAAAGAAGAGAAAUGUUGCCCUGAGGAGAGCCUCAGAGCAGGGUUAAGCCCCAGCACAGAGGACAACCUAAGCAUGGCAGACCUGGAACUGCUAGAGGGCCGUUUCCAGCAGUGUGUGCAAGCAGUGGCCCAGCUGGAAGAGGAGCGGGAUCAGCUCAUCCAUGAACUUGUGCUGCUCCGUGAACCAGCUCUGCAGGAGGUACAGCAAGUCCAUCAGGACAUCCUGGCUGCCUACAAGCUGCAUGCCCAGGCAGAGCUGGAGAGGGAUGGGCUCAGGGAGGAGAUCCGACUGGUCAAACAGAAAUUGUUCAAGGUGACCAAGGAAUGUGUGGCCUACCAGUACCAGCUGGAGUGCCGCCAGCAGGAUGUGGCUCAGUUUGCUGAUUUCCGGGAAGUGCUAACUACUAGGGCAGCCCAGCUCUCGGAGGAACUGGUCCAACUCCGGGAUGCCUAUCAGAAGCAGAAGGCGCAGUUAAGGCAACAACUAGAAGCACCCCCAAACCAAAGGGAUGGGCACUUUAUCCAAGAAAGCCGCCGGCUGUCUGCCCAGUUUGAAAAUCUCAUGGCAGAGAACCGCCAGGGCCUGGAGGAAGAGUAUGAACCUCAACUGCUGCGGCUCCUGGAGAGGAAAGAAGCAGGGACCAAAGCUCUGCAGAAAACCCAGGCUGAGAUCCAGGAGAUGAAGGAGGCUCUGAGACCCCUGCAAGCAGAGGCCCGGCAGCUCCACCUGCAAAACAGGAACCUGGAGGACCAGAUCACACUUGUGAAGCAAAAACGAGAUGAAGAAGUGCAGCAGUACAAGGAACAGCUGGAGGAAAUGGAAGAACGACAGAGGCAGUUAAGAAGUGGAGUGCAACUCCAGCAACAGAAGAACAAAGAGAUGGAGCAGCUAAGGAUCAGUCUUGCUGAAGAGCUCUCAACUUAUAAGGGCUGUUUAGAAAUGUAUGGCCAAAUCUGUAACCCAGAAACAAAAAAAACUUAUUAGCAAAGGAUCACUGAAUACCCUUUUGACACACUUCUUCCCAAACCGACGAGAGUACCAGAAUUUGAUGAGCAAUUCACCUGUGGAAAUUGCAAAUAUUGGCUGAACUGUGUAAAAAGAUUUUAGGAGUGGCUGGAAGCAGAACACCAGUCAACUUUUAGCUGGAUCCUAUUUUGUAGGCUGCUGAUACUGAUCUCAAUACACUGAGGAAUGGAAAAAUGCCUUUUAUCUGCCAGCAGCAACCCUCACAUGCAGAGUAAAUGAUGAACGUAUGGACACAUCUUGAAAUAUUGUGAAAAAUGUAUUUUGC